CUGUUGCCUACUUCACUCGUGUGUUACCAAGUUUUUAUUUCAACAACUUCAGUUUGACCUUAUAUAUUAUCUUACGGACAUUUUCACGUUCAUUUGUUGUGUUUUUCCACACAUUCCAAUAUGGAGUGUCUCGUCGGCAACACCUCGGAAAUGAUGUUUCAAACCGCCGACGAAAGUAGCUACAAGUGUGAUGAAAACAGGCAGUUGCACUGCCAGGAACUGAUUGAGUUGAAUGAUCAAAUUGCUCAAGAUAAUGUUGCAAGUCACAUGAACGACUAUGCAAUUUUACCUGCAGUUAAUUUGUGUCCGAUAUGGGGAAUCAGCAAUUUGGAAGUAGUUGAGACUGGGCAAAGUGGAUUUGUAGAGGUUGGCAACGUUGCAACUAGUUCUGUUCCAACAUCUACUGGUAGGCCGAGAAGAAAGCCGAGGCCGUAUUCUCCCUCAGAUCUGACUACAGGCAGUAAGAAACAGAGGCAGAAGCCCAAAGUAAUUCGAGUACAGCGAAUCAAUUCUUCCAACGAUGUUUACAUCGACAAGAGAACUGGUCUACCAUUUUCUUGUGACAAAUGUGAAUCACCGCAUAUUGUCGAUCCGACACGAUGCAGUCCUGGAAAUCGGAAGCGGCCACCAAUGCCCAGAAAGUAUGUCGAUCCCGUUAGUGGCAGGGUUAUGAUGCUAUGCAAUGCUUGUGGAAUUGCAGCCAAGACGAAUCGAAAAGAUCGACCAGCAAAGGUGAUCCAUGAUGCCGAAAAGUUGCUGCAACUUAAAAAUGAUUAUCUUACCGAGUCAAUGAACUUUGCGAAGAAGCUUUCACUUGACUGUAAUGAACCAGAUUUGGCGAUGUUGUACUGUCCAUCAUUCAGUGUUAAGGGUUGUGGUUGCAUAGAGAAAUAUUUGUUUUCUGAAGCGAAUUCGGCGACUCAUGAAACACAGCUGAAAGCACUGGACCUGUUGAGCUACCAUCGCAGGGCAGAAGAGUUGAACAGAAAUGGAAGAUUCUCAAACGCCAGCGAAGACGACUACUGCAAUGUUCACUCGGAGAACGAACUCCACAUCGACGAGUGUGAAGAUAACUUGAUUGAAGGAUUCCGCAAGCCACAUUAUAAAUGCAAAAGUAGAGAUUUUGAGAAGUUUGUUCUCAGUUCGAGGAUCAAAUUGAGGACAGAAUAUGCGUUGUGUGAAAAGGCUACAAAGAAAAUUUUGAUGUAUUCCAAUAAUUUCUUGCACAAGGAAUCAAAAACCGCACCUCAGAGAGGGCCCAGAGUGGAUAAGGUAAUUAAAAGAACUACGCGUCUGAAGCCGAUAUCUGAAAUGCAUAAGGAGCAUUGCUGCAGUAACGGGUGUACAAGGAUAGCAUUAAGCCAUGUCAAUCUUCUAGAAGACUGGCGGAAACGGGCAUCAGUUUGUCAAAAGGAUGCCAGAAGAGUGAUUGCUGAAAUGUUGACUCCAACUGGAGGGACAAAAGCUAAUUGUUACCGUUUCAUUAAAAUGGUUACUGGAAGCUGUGUAGCUACGAUAUUCUUGGUCAACGAUCAUAUGAAAAAAACUAAAGGAGAUCGAGAGCCUCCAGAGCACGGAUUGAAAAGGUACUGGCGGCGGAAUUCAAAAUCACAUAAAGCGACGUCGAAAAUUGGCGAAAGCACCUCUCCUAGUACAAAUUUACUGUCCGAACCAACUCUAAUUCCAUCGGAUGAAGAACUGUUAUCCAUGGGAACAGAGGCAGCUUCUGCUUUGCUCCAAGCAAAGAAACAACAACUGGAAUAUUUGCAAAGCAAAUUACAGAAGGCUGAAUCGAGGCUGAAGGCAGCUGCUGAAAUAACAACGGUGGUAGCACAAGAAAACAUACCGCAAAUCUUGGUCAACGAACUCCGAGACGAAGUACAGAACAACAUUUUCAUUCUUGGGCAAGAUGGGGUAAUUCGUCCUUGGAAGGCAGAUCCACAGUAUGUGCACAUCACUGCUACACAGGAUAACACAUGAUUCAACCGACAAGUGAUCAACGAAUUACACUUACAUGGCUUAAGAGAGAGAACUUGAACCGGCCGUCCGACAGGCGAGGCAUCGUUACCGGGGCAUAAUUCUCAAUUUGAUUGCAUACAAGGCUGUUGAUGAUGCCGGUGGAGUUGCAGUAUACGUAGACACCGUC